UUAUAAAUACUUAGUGCAGCUAAUUCAUUCAUAUAAAAAAGUUGGUCCUUCUUAUUAUUCAUUUCUCCUUCUAUGGCAACCCAACAACUUGAGUCCAAAUGGGAAGGCAAAUCCAUUGCAAAUCUAAAACAUCCCAAAGCAGAACAAGUAUGGCCACUCCUUGAAGAUUUCUGCAACUUCCACCAUUGGCUACCAAACAUUGACGCAUGUCACCAAAUGAAUAGUGAUAAUAAAGAUGAAAUUAUCCGCUAUUGCGCUAGCAGUACCAAGCCCCCAUCGUCAUCAGACGAUGGAGAAGCGAUCGUCAAGUGGUGUCACGAGAAGUUGUUGACAGUUGAUAAGAUAGAGCGAUGUCUAAGCUAUGAGGUCUUAAACAAUAAUAUUGGGAUCAAGUCUUAUGUAUCUACGUUGAAAGUAUUGGCAUCGGAUGGUAAUGAUGAGAACGGGUGCCAGAUUGAAUGGUCGUUCGUUGCUGAUCCAGUUGAUGGGUUGACUUUGGAAUUAUUUUUGGGUUAUGUUGACUCAUCCCUACAAGGCAUGGCUGAAAAUAUUGAGAAUGCUUUAGAAUCGUCUAAGUUAGGUGAUUUUGCGAGUUCUAAUUAAUAAGCCUGUUAAAUAUGAUGAUGAUGAGUAAUAAAAGACCUGUAUGCAAUAUUUUAAUUUGGAUUAGACAGAUAUGCAGUGUUUUAUUUUGAGAAAUGGAUAGUAGUUUACUGAUUGCUGCUCCCUCUAUGUGACAUAAUAGUAUUU